AUGGCCAAAGCAAAAGCAGCCCCCGCUGCGUCCAGCGGUGGUAAAUCCGCGAAGAAGAAGAAGUGGUCCAAGGGAAAGGUCAAGGAUAAGGCCCAGCACGCCGUCUCGCUCGACAAGGCCACCUACGACCGUAUCAUGAAGGAAGUCCCCUCCUUCAAAUUCGUCAGUCAGAGCAUCCUCAUCGAGCGUCUCAAGAUCAACGGAUCGCUCGCUCGUGUUGCUAUCAGACAUCUCGAGAGGGACAAGCUCAUCAAGCGGAUCGUGCACCACUCCGCACAGCUCAUCUAUACUCGCACCACAUCACAAGAGUAG